UUUUUUUUUUUUCUGUCAUCUCUCUUUUUUUUUCUUUCUCUUUCUAUUCUCCUCUUCAGAUAGAUCCUUGUGGAGCUUUUAUCUGUUGCUCUAUUUACCAGUAUGGGCGGACAGAUAAGUAAAGACCAUGAGAAUGCAGAAGUCCCUCGACGACGAAGGAAAGUCCUUGCCGGUCUAAGAUCACAGCCACCGUUUCAGUCUCCCCAACCCUUAGCGCCAAGUUCCCACAAAGGCACUCCUUCCAGCGAAACGUGUUCGGGGGAAACCACGACGCGAUCCAUUCAUAAUCAUCCGCAUUCUUAUGAUCGACGUGUUCAUUCCGAAACGGCCUCUGGCUCGAACCAUCCCGUCAUGCCGGUUCGACAUCAAGUCGUGUUGUCGGAUCACAGCUCGCCAUUAUCGGCAUUAUCCGCCGUCAUUUCGGAACCCAUUCGGCGAGCCCGUCUGCGACGGAACAGCAUUCAGCACAACCAUGCCUUGGAAGGAAGCACGAUAUCGUCCACGAGUGAUGACGAAACUGGGACACUUGCCACUUAUCUUUCCUCACGAUCCGCACCUUACAGCAGCUCGGCUGGCUCCGCAAACUCUGUACCCAUGUCACCCAAUCUGAAAGGAACUCACACCAUGCGUGGAGAGGAAUCCAAUGAACCUAUCCUUUUCGAAAAGUAUUCUACUUCCCCACCGUGGUCAGCUCUUCAUCGAUCCAAUACGACCAUUACAGCGGGAUCUAAAAAGGAUCCAAUGAUAUCCGUGUAUGAUUAUGGCGAUGAGAAGGAAUACGAUCGACAAUUACGACAGCAUUAUGUUCUAAAACAGGUAUUCUGUGGUAACACCAAGACCAAAUUGGAACAGCCGAAACGGAUCCUCGAAUGCGCGUGUGGCGUAGGUUUAUGGGCCCUCGAAAUGGGACAAGCAUUCCCUGACUGUGAGACCAUCGGCAUUGAUAUUCUUCCGCCCAAUGAAAAAGAAGGACCGUGGGCACCUACGGCCCGAUUGAGUGGCACCGUACAAACAGUGGGAGCCCCGAAUGUCACUUAUAUGUACGGCAAUAUUCUGAAACCGCUAUCCUUCCCCAAUGAUUACUUUGAUUUCAUAUAUCAAAGAGAUGCCGCCACCGUUGUGCCCUACAAGGACUGGCCUUGCUUACUGAAGGAAAUGUUUCGCGUUGCAAAACCUGGUGGCAGCAUUGAACUCGUGGAAUACGAUAUCGUAUUCCAGAAUGCGGGCCCGGUGCUUGCUUUGGUCAAUGAGUGGUACAAGAUUGCUACUGCGACCAUUGGCGUCGAUCCCUUGUAUGCUGAACAAUUGGAGGACAUGUUGACAGAAGCAGGCUUCGUCGAUGUCCAGGAAUCCAUUCAUGAUAUCCCUGUUGGUGAAUGGCCCGAUGCUGAAGUCGAUCGCCAGCACGGAUUUCUAUACAAACAACAAAUCAAAGCAUUAUUCCGAUCCAUGCGGCGCUGGUGGCUGAUUGAAAUUGGGGUAUCCGAGCAGGAAUAUGACCGUGUUUGCACAGCCGCCUUGGAUGAAUUCGAGGAACAGCGCAGUAGUGUUCGAUGGAGAAUCUUUACGGCGAAAAAACCAGUGACCACCACCGUGUAAUCCUUCUUAAAGGCAAAAAAGUCCAACCAACACACACACACCCCCCCCCUUUACACCCGCCGCCUUUUAUGCUCUACGUAAUAUGUCUCUGAUUCCUGCUUUCAUUAAAUUGUACAUAUCUAUCGAUUUCUAUCUGAUACCAUUCAUUGUAUGCAAAUUUGUUUACGCUAGUUACUGUAAUAUCUCAAAUAUGAAUCUCUACUUUGCAAGAAAAAUUAGAAUUUACCAUGCUCAAUGCCUUGUUCUGGGGGAGGAGUUG